ACGCCAGUGUUUACAAGUGGGGGAGGAGAUAUAGAUGGAGAAUCAGCGAACGCAAGGCUGCGAGUUUCAGAGUGAUCCGUCGCGCUUGCCGGAAACUGUGGGAUUCCGGCCGGCGACGAUCACUUUCAGGCGGUUGCGCCAGACUUCGGGCAUAUAAAAUUACUUGCCGUGCACUUGAACAAUUCCGGCGGCACACCAGAUUUAAUUUGUGUGGUGCUGAGGGCUAAUUGAGAGGGGAUGGUGAGGAAUAUUUUGAUGAAGAAAAAGAAUAAUAGUGACGAAGACGGCGGGAAAGAAGCGGCCGGAGAAAUGGCGAAAGAGGCAAAGAAGAACAAAUCGAUGAUUUGUUUGUCGGGAAGUGUUAAAACAAGCAAGUUUGAUGAUAUGUCUUCUGUUUGCUCAAAGAGAGGAAAUAAAGGAACUAAUCAGGAUUCCCUCGUUGUUUGGGAGGGUUACGGUUGCCAAGAAGACAUGGUUUUCUGUGGGAUGUUUGACGGACAUGGUCCAUGGGGCCACAUGAUAAGCAAGGAGGUUAGAAAGUCAUUGCCUGCUCGAUUGCUGAACAAUUGGCAACGAAACCUUUCAAUGGAUUAUCAACCCGACAAAAACCUUCUUCCUUUCAACCUAUGGAAACAAUCCUGCCUGAAAACAUAUGCCGCCAUUGACGAGGAGCUCAAGCAACACCCUCGCAUCGAUUCUUUUUACAGUGGCACCACGGCUUUGACUGUGGUUAAACAGGGGCGGCAUCUUGUUGUUGCAAAUGCUGGCGAUUCACGAGCUGUGUUGGGUGUGACUUGUGAUGAUGGGGGCUUGAAACCAGUUCAGCUGUCGGUUGAUUUCAGGCCUAAUUUACCUGAGGAGGCAGAGAGAAUAAGGCAAUCGAAAGGACGUGUAUUGUGUUUAAAAGAUGAACCGGGAGUGUACAGAGUGUGGAGUCCGAAGUCGGAGUCGCCAGGUUUGGCAAUUUCCAGAGCCUUUGGGGAUUACUGCACCAAACAGUACGGCCUCAUUUCAGUUCCUGAUGUAACCCACCGUCUCAUUUCCACUGCUGAUCAGUUCGUCAUUGUCGCUACUGAUGGGGUAUGGGACGUCAUGUCGAAUCAAGAAGCGGUGCACAUAGUUUCCUCAACGCCAAAUAGGGAAAUGUCUGCCAAAAGGCUAGUGGAUUGCGCGGCUCUCGCAUGGAAAUCCAAGAAACGAGGCAUUGCAAGGGACGACAUAUCGGCCAUUUGCCUCUUUUUUCAUGCUUCACCCUCAGAAGAUCAAUGAAGGUCUCCCCGCUUCCUACCACAAUAUCAAUUGUGCGUCGUUUAUUUACCUAUAAAUUAUAUGCUGUAAAUAGCUAUAUAAAUUAAGACUUUUUUUUUUAAUUGUGUGAAGUAAAGUAGUUAUAAAAUGGUGCUGUGUUUCUUCUUAGUCUUUUGGCACUAUGAGAAUGAAGAACUUUAGCCAAAUAUAUAAGGCAUCUCAAUAGAAAAAAUAUGGUCGUGUACGUGCACAGUGGUAUAUAUAUGAUCCAGUAUUGACGUGUGGAGCA